AUGGGCAAACUCGCAGUUCAAGUGACAGCGGCCUUCUCGGCAUCCGUGGUGAUGUUCGCCAUCAUCUCCGCGGUCUACAUCUUCAACGACAUCAACUCCCUGUACGAUGAGAUUAUGGAUGACAUGGUCGAGUUCAAAACUAAUGCUGAUGAUGCCUGGACGAGGAUGAUGAUUGCUCGCCGACAACUUCGUCCUGCCUUGACCUUUGACGAGGUUGUUGGCCGACACAAACGUCAGUAUGAUGCCGCUACUGGAGGCUCUGCCGCUGCCGGAGGAGCAUCGGCUGCCGCUGGAAACGGGCAAUGCUCCAGCUGUGCCCGCAACGUCAACAACUGCCCACCCGGACCACCUGGACCCCCAGGACAGCCCGGUCUCCCCGGCACUCCCGGAACUCCAGGAGAGAAGGGUCAAUCCGGAACGCCGGGAACUGCUCAACUCGGAGAUUUCGGAGGUCCAAACGGCUGCUUCCCAUGCCCAGCAGGUCCAGUCGGCCCACCCGGCCCAGACGGACCACCAGGAGAAGCCGGAGCCAACGGACAUCCAGGAGAGAAGGGAUACGACGCCUUGCCCGGAGGUGUUGGACAACCAGGUCCAGUUGGAGAUGCGGGAACCCCAGGCGUGCCAGGAGCUCCCGGAAUUCCAGGUGUGCCCGGCGCCUCAGGACACCGAUCCAACCCCAUUCCUGGCCCUAAGGGACCUCUUGGCCCACUCGGUCCAGUCGGAGCUCCAGGCACACCCGGCCAAGCUGCUCCAGCUCCACUUCCCGGACCGCCAGGACCCCAAGGACCAAUUGGUCAGCCUGGGCAGAACGGACAAAAUGGACAACCAGGCACUCCUGGCCAAACCGGAAUCCCAGGCAAAGACGCCGCCUAUUGUCCAUGCCCAGAGCGUGGCGCUGCCGCUUUGUCUGCCGCUGGAAAGAGCCCGAGCGCUGCUGUUGGAGGCGCGCAAGGAAACAUUGUAUCUCCCGCUGCUCCAGUGGCUCCAGCUGCUCCCGUUUCUGGCGCUGGUGCGCAAUACAAGAGAAGAAAGAUGAUCCGUCAACGUGCUCGUCAGAUCCGUCAAUAG